UGGCUAGUGCCUAGUGGUGGGUGUCCAAUGCCUUCUACUAGCAUCCCAUAAUCUCUUUGAUUUCUGUCGUUGCUAUAGUUUGCUUGCUUCUUGCCAACUACUCCGUUUGAAUACAUGAUAUUGUCUGUCUUAGAAUCUCAACUGUAACUCGCUUAGUGAUAAAUGUGUACCAAUGGUUUCCACCAGAACUCAAAUUGUCCCACCAUCUUUUUCCUCUCCUUGUUCUAAACCUCAACCAAAAAACGACGUUUUCCUCAAUUUUAGAGGUGAAGACACCCGUAAUAAUUUUACGGACCAUCUAUAUCAUGCUUUGAAAGAUAAAUGAUUUAUCACCUUUAAGGAUGAUAAAGAACUUGUGCUUGGAACUCCCAUUUCAAUGAAACUCUUGGAUGCGAUCGAGAAAUCAAGAAUGGCAGUCAUCAUUUUGUCUGAAAAUUAUGCAUCUUCAACAUGGUGCCUAGAAGAACUUGUAAAAAUUGUUGAAUGCAUGAAGGGAGGGUUGAAAGUGUUGCCCAUUUUCUACCAUGUGGAUCCUAGUCAUGUGCGGCAUCAGAAGGAGACUUUUGCUGUGGCCUUUGAUGAACACGGAAAACGUCUCCAGGAGAACCCAGAGAAGGUGCAGAUAUGGAGAACUGCUUUAAGAGAAGUGACCAACCUCUCCGGAAAGACAUUAAUGAAUGGGUAACACUUGUUGAACUUCUAUUGAGCAUUUUUUCUGCUUGUUCUAACUGCAACACUUAAUUACUUUAAGUGUAGAUGUUAGAAGGUUGACGUUUACAUUACCAUAAAAGCAUGACUUAUAUGUUGUUUUACAAACAGCACUAAAUGUAUAUCAUGCAAGAUUAAGAUAAAGGUUGUAACUAAUUCAAGUUUGAAGGUUGUCACUAAGUAUAUAUGUGCUGUCCGUUCCUCAAAAAAAAAAAAAAAUAUAUAUAUAUAUAUAUAUAUUUAUUUAUUUAUAUAUGUGCAGUCCACAUGGUUGGGAGGAAAAAAGAAAAAAAAGAGAGCAGUAUUUAUAUAUGUGCAGUCCAUAUGGUUGGGAGGAAAAAAGAAAAAAAAGAGAGCAGAAUAAAGUUAGUGAGCAGAAAAAGAAUUACAGCACUGUGAUAUGGUAUGUGAGUUCUGAGUAAAGAAAAGUGUGCGGGUUUUUGUUGUUAGUUUUAUUUAUUAGUAUCAUUUUAUUUUUUGGGGCCAUGAGACACACAUAAUGAGAAAAAUUAAGGGUUUUCUAGGAAAAAAGGUUUUGGAUGAUACAGUGAAGAAUUAUAUCCAGAGUAACUCAAGAUCUCAGGUGAGCAAACUUAGAAUGACUUUUUAACUUGUUUUAUAGGAGUGAAUUUAUUUGGAGUUGCAUCCCUGUUUUUUCACUUCAAAGAGAAGCGUAUUUUAGGCCUGAGGCAGAGUUCAUCCGAAAAAUUGUUGACUGGAUAUUUAUUGAAUUGAAAGAUAAAUGUUCAACUGUUUAUGGAGACGGUUUUGUUGGAAUAGACUCUUGUGUUGAGGAAAUGAUUUCAUGUCUAGAUAUGAAUUCAAAUGAUGUCCGCUUUAUAGGGAUAUGUGGGGAGAGUGGAAUGGACAAGACAACUCUUGCACGUCUAGUAUUUGAACAGAUUCAUAAUCAAUUUGAAGCUUGCAGCAUUCUCGAAAAUGUCGAAGAGGUUUCUAAAGCACACGGCCUAGAGACAUUACAAGAGCAACUCCUUUGUGAUAUAAGUAAAGGAGCUUUAAGGGUAAGGGAUGUGAAUAAUGGAAUCCAAGUAAUCAGGAAUGUACUACAGAAUAAAAAGGUACUUAUUGUUGUCGAUGAUGUGUUUGAAAAAAAACAGUUAGAAGCAUUAGUAGGGAAGCGUGAUUGGUAUGGUCCAAAAAGUAGAAUCAUAGUAAUUACUAAAGAUAUACAUUCAUCGGAAAGCAAUGAAAUUCAGACCGUAUAUAAGGCUAACGGACUAAAUGAUGACGAAGCUCUACAACUUUUUAGUUAUAAUGCCUUCCACAAAGCUCAUCGUGAAAAUGAUUUAUUAUAUUUGGGCAAUGAUUUUGUCACUUAUGCUCAAGGCAUUCCUUUGGUUCUUAAAAUUUUGGGUUCCCAUUUGUGUAAAAGAACAAAAGAGGAAUGGGAAAGUGCUUGGAAUCAACUAAAAGCAAUUCCCAAUGAAAAUAUUCUAGAGAAACUUCAAAUAGCAUAUAAUGGAUUGGAGGAGUUGGAGAAAAAAUUAUUUUUGGAUAUUGCAUGUUUCUUCAAAGGGGAGGACUAGAAUCGAGUAGCUAAUACACUAAAAUCAGUUUGCUACUCGGACGAUAAUAGAAGGAAGCUCAUUGACAAAUCUCUAAUUACUAUUGUAGGGGGGAAAUUGUGCAUGCAUCAUUUAAUACAACAAAUGGGUUGGAAAAUUGUUUCUGACAAGUCAACAGAGCUUCGAUGUCAAAGUAGGCUAUGGCAUCGUGAUGAUGUCCUUGAUGUAUUAAAGAACUGUAAUGGAACAGAACAAAUUGAAGGCAUGGUGCUGAAUUUGUCUCCAAAUGAAGAACAAGAAGUUUUGAAUGUUGAGCCACUCUCAAAGAUGAAUAAAUUAAGAUUGCUCAAAAUUUGUAAGCUGCACCGUCCUUGUCUUAGUAAUCUUUCCAAUGAGCUACGUUUGUUGGAAUGGCAUGACUAUCCUUUGAAAUCAUUACCAAAGAGUUUCCAGCCUCCUGAACUUGUUGAGCUCAUUAUGCAUCGCAGUAGUAUUAAGCAACUUCCAAGUGAAUUUAGUAACUUACUCAAGCUAAAGUUUAUCGAUCUUAGUGACUCUCAAAACUUAUGCCAGACUCCUAACUUCAAGGGAUUGCCAAAUAUUGAAAGGUUGAUUUUUCAAGGUUGUAUAGGAUUGCAUGCGUUGCACGAUUCUGUUGGAGGUCUUAAACGGCUUAUCUUAUUAAAUCUAAAAGACUGUAAGCGUCUUGAGAACCUUCCACAUGAGAUCAACUUGAAUUCUCUUAAAUUUUUAAUUCUAUCUGGCUGUUCAAAACUCAAGAAGUUUCCAAAGAUUGGGAGAAACAUGACAAGCAUGUUGGAGCUUUCUUUGGACAGGACUGCCAUAGAAGAACUACCAUCAUCAAUCAAGCAUCUAACUGGCUUGACUUUAUUGAAUCUUCAAGACUGCAAAAACCUUUCAAGUUUUCCAAGUGUUAUUUGUAGUUUGAUAUCUCUUAAAACUCUCAUUCUAUCAGGAUGUAAGGCUCAACCACCAAAAGCAAGGUAUUUGAGUGGUCUCAUCUCCACUUUAUCCUCAAUCGGUACCACCCUCACUCUUCCCUACACCUAUCUCACUGAUCGACAACCUGAACCAGAGCCCAUCAGUCUGGUGUUGCCUGAGUCAAUCUUGGGAUUAGGCUCUUUAGUAUCUCUAGAUCUAAAUGGCUUUAAUCUGUUGGACGGUGCUCUCCCUGAUGAUCUUAGCUACUUGUCCUCACUAACCAUUCUGAACUUGGGGAACAAUAGUGUUACACGCUUACCUUAUAGCAUUUCUCAGCUUUUAAAUCUCAAACUUCUUUUCUUGGAUCAUUGUAGCAAGCUUCAAUCAUUGCCAUAUCUUCCAUUAAGUACACAAUUUGUUUCGGCACAAGGAUGUACUUCACUUGAAAAUUAUUCAAACCAAGUUGUCGUAUGGACUUCGGGUGCAGCAAGAUUCACUUUUAUUAAUUGCCAUGGCUUGGCCGAUGAUAAAGGAGGCAUAAUUGCUGAUGUUACUUUGCAAAAUAUGCCCUUACAAUCAUUGUGGCAAAGAUACAUGGAGGGCCAAAUUCAUCAACUAAAAGGCUUUUGCCUGGUUGUACCUCAAACUGAAAUUUCAGAGUGGUUCAAGAAUAAGGAGUGCGGGCCAUAUGUGCGAAUCCCAUUACCUCCUAAUCUGUUCAAUAAUAGAAGUUGGAAAGGGAUCGCUCUAUGUGUCAUUUUUGUAGUCCCUCCAAAUUUGAAAGAUGUUUCUCCUGGUCAGGAUUCAAAAUACUUUCAUGAAUUUAUUUGUCAUUUCGACAUGGAGGGCGUUUUUAUAAAUUGUCCCCUAGUCCUUAAGGUUCCUAAGGAAACAUUUGUUGGUUCAUUUGGACUUUGGCUAUACAUAUCACAUGCGAGGUUUACAGAACAUUCUGACAGAGGAAGUUGCAUUGGGUCUUUGAUUAAACCCACGAGACUGGAUAUUCAGAUUAAAAUGUGCGGUGCACGUAUUCUAUAUGAGCAAGAUAUGAUAGAAUUUGUACAAAACUUAAGGCAAGAAAAUUUCAGGAGCUGUAAUGACCCCAGUCGAGGUCAUGAAAAAUUGAUAGAAGAUCAUAUGAGCCAUUCACGAGGCAAUGACCCCUGGCUAAAACAAAAUCUCAAGUCAUUGCUUUCAAGAUUGUAUCAGGUAGAUUGGGCACAAAACCAUUUGUAUGAUUAUAUCUUUCAUCAGAUUGCCCGUCCACAAAACUGGUUCACUUGUCAAAAACAUGGGCCCUUCAUAGAAAUGCAGUUGCCUCCAGAUGUGCACUAUAAUUCAACAUGGUUGGGGUUCACUGUAUAUGCUCUGUAUGGUAUUCAGAUGAAACAAGCUGGUUACAAGCUGGAUUCAACAAUUUUGCUUCACUAUUCUGGUGUUUCAGUUUCUUUUGCACCAUACCCGGCCUUUUCCCUCUCUGGAGACCUUUUUGAUGAGUCAUCGCAACGACUUGUUGUAUUUUACAUACCACGCCGUGUUUUUCAGUUGAAUCGGUGUAAUCAGAUUGGGGCUGUAUUUGAAAGCGGUGACCCAGAUGUGCAAGUUGAAAUGUGUUGAAUCCGUCUUGUAUAUGAGCAGGAUGUUGAAGAGUUCGUGCAAUCACUUGUGGAGUACAUGUUAGGGAGUCCGGAUGCCAAUCAUCAAUAUUUUUCCGAACAUCUUUCACAUCAACGUAGAAUAUUGCAAGGCUGCAUUCAUGAAAAACAUUAUCUUUGCCCUUUCUUACCAGAAAGGAUUUCUUUUUGUAAUAACCAUACAUUUAAGAAAAUGAUGAGAUAUUU